AAACUUUGUACACAAAGGAACUUAAUCUGAUAACGAAAUUGACUUGAAGAUCUCCUUGCAUCCUUCACCAAUGGCAGCCAUAGCUCGGCUGCACUUCCUCCAUCACUCAUCAUCAGUUCUUAAACCCUCCUCUAUCUCAUCCAAACUUCAACUAUCCAAUUCAUCGUCCUUCUUCUGCAACCCUAAUUUCUUACGGAACAACACUCGUAUACGCAAGCUCCAUCUCACUACUUCACUCUGCUCCAACUCCAAUCCCACUCCCGAGAAUUCUCCAGCCAAUGGACCGGGUGGAUCAAUAGUUGGUGAUCUUCUGGACUAUCUCAAUGAGUCCUGGACUCAGUUUCAUGCUACAGCGGAAGCAAAACGACAACUGGUUGCUGCUGGAUUCCAUCAUCUCAGUGAGAAUGAUGACUGGGAGCUUAAACCUGGUGGACGCUACUUCUUCACUCGGAACAUGUCCUGUUUAAUUGCCUUCGCCAUUGGAGAAAAGUACUCUGUUGGUAAUGGUUUCUAUGUAAUUGCCGCACACACCGACAGCCCGUGUCUGAAAUUGAAGCCGAAAUCUGCACUGUCGAAAUCCAACUAUCUUAUGGUAAAUGUGCAAACGUAUGGUGGUGGAUUAUGGCAUACUUGGUUUGAUAGAGAUUUAAGUGUAGCUGGAAGAGUUAUAUUGAGAGCCAGCGACGGCUCGUUUCAACAAAAGUUAGUCAAAGUCAAAAGACCUCUUUUACGAGUGCCUACACUUGCCAUUCAUCUUGACCGUACGGUUAACCAGGACGGUUUUAAGCCUAAUUUGGAGACUCACCUUAACCCAUUAUUAGCAACAAAACAUGACGAUGCAUCCCCAGAUGCAAAAGAUAAAAGUAAAUCCUAUCAUCAUCCUCUACUCAUGCAGAUCUUAUCAGAGGAGUUGGGGUGUGAAGUUGAUGACAUAGCGAACAUUGAACUAAACAUAUGCGAUACACAGCCUAGCUGUCUUGGAGGUGCAAACAACGAGUUUAUAUUUUCUGGACGAUUAGACAAUCUUGCUUCGAGUUUUUGUGCACUCAGAGCUCUUGUUGACUCAUGCGGGCCCAAAGAUUUAUCAGCCGAGCAUGCAAUUAGAAUGGUAGCACUUUUUGAUAAUGAAGAGGUUGGUUCUGAUUCAAUGCAAGGUGCUGGUGCACCAACAAUGUUUCAAGCCAUGAAGCGGAUAAUCGACUCCUUGGCUAAUCAGUACAUUAGGGAGAGCAUCGUUGAACGUGCAAUUCGUCAAUCGUUUCUUGUUUCUGCUGACAUGGCACAUGGAGUUCACCCUAAUUUUAUGGACAAGCACGAAGAACACCAUCGACCAGAAUUGCACAAGGGUCUCGUGAUAAAGCAUAAUGCCAAUCAACGCUAUGCCACCAGUGGAACGACUGCUUUCCUUUUUAAAGAAGUCGGUAAAAUUCAUAAUCUUCCAACUCAGGACUUUGUGGUAAGAAACGAUAUGGGAUGUGGGUCCACUAUAGGUCCUAUACUUGCUUCUGGAAUUGGUAUCCGUACGGUUGAUUGUGGCAUUCCUCAGCUUUCCAUGCACAGUGUAAGAGAGAUAUGUGGAAAGGAAGACAUAGAUAUCGCCUACAAUCAUUUCAAGGCAUUUUACCAAACAUUCUCAAGUGUUGACCGAAAACUGAAUGUUGACUAGUUACUUCCCACCAAGAUUUUAGGAACAAAACACAUGUAUGACAAACCGAUAGCUCUACUUUUCUACAUUCUUUUUAUUUGUCAAGAAAACUGUAUUUUUUUUAAGAUCUGGAGAAUAAAUGUCAAGAAAAGUGUUGACCGAAAA